AUGGAUAGCCUCUCCAAUAACGUAUCCAAUAUCCAGGACUCACUUCAAUCUGCCAAGAAGCGACUCAGUUCUCUUGAUGUCACUUCGAAGAACACUGUCGCUGCAGAGGUCGCCGCUAUUCGCUCGUCUCUUCAGAGUAGUCUCAGCAAAGCUCAGCAUGCUAAAUUGCAGAUGAGCUCAUUCCUAUUAUUAGUUGAAGAUGUUGCAGAUCCAACCACCAUCAACAUGGCCCCUCAGAUUUCUUGGUUGGCUCGAUCUCUUGAUGGCAUUACUUCUUCUAUCUCUCAAGCUGAGGCAUCAGCAGAUAGCGCGCUACAGUCUACAAUGGACUUCACUUAUCAAGUGAUGACCGUCAGACUAGAUGUCGAGGCCCAGGAUGAUCUGCUCGAUGAAUGCCAGUCGCGAGCAAAAGGACUCGCUAGCCAGGCAGAGAGCUCUCUGACCUUGAGUGAAGAAAUUCUGGCGCAGACACAAAAGGAUGCUAGCGCCAAAGAAGAAGAAAUUCGUAUCAAGACUCGCCAGGCGAAUGAGAAGAGGACUAGGAAAGCAGAGCUUGAUCGUGAGAUAUCGCAAAAGAACGGACAGAUUGCAGAGACACACAGACGACGUGAGAGUAAGAAGGAAUCAGCAGGCGUAGGACUGAUGCUGACCGGAAUUGGUCUCUUAGCUGCACCUUUCACCGCCGGGGCAUCAUUGAGUCUGGCAGCAGCCGGAGCUGGAUUUGCUGGUUACAAGGGCGUGCGUGUAUCGGAUCUAAAGGACGAGAUUGUCGCCCUUCAAUCCAGGGUGUCCGCUUUGAAUAGAGAGAUAAGUCAAGAUCAGCAGGUUAUCUCGAACCUCGAGAUUGAGCAGCGCAGCUUGCAAGGCCUAGUCUCGCAGUACCAGCGCGAUAUCUCAUCCCGUCGAUCAACGCAUCAACUCUACCAGAAGCAAAUCGCAGAGGCUAACCGGGUUGAGAACGACAUCACAGCGCUCAAGGGUGUUGCAGAAGCCACCAUCUCCAACAUAAACGAUGUCAACUGCGAAUUACAGGAGGUUAAAGAGUGCUUGGAUGAAUGUAGUUCUCUCUUACAGGCCAAGUCAGUUGACUUGUCGACCUCGGCGACCUCUGUUGAUUGGAUCAUUGGUGCGGUUGGUAGGUGCACUAGAAAGUUUCGUGCAAAGGAGUUUGAGAGACAGAUAACGCUUAUGCAGCAGGUUGCUGAGGUACUUGACAAGGUUGAACAGGAAGGCCAACUACUGUUGUCAAGUCAGGAUAUGCCUUUCCUGGACACAAAGCCUUGGGGUGAUGUUAAAGGACUAAUCAUGGAGGAAAAUGAGGCAAUUCCUGAAUUGACUUAUGCAAAGUAG